GGACUCCACAGAGAAACAGUACUGGACCGAGUCAGCAUCCAUACCGCAACAGUUACCGAGGUGCAUUACCUCCUGAUUGGCUUGCCUGGUAUAGGAGGUUCCUUCGACCUUGCAAAUUCUCGUGGCCACCGUCCUGAUAGUCUGCAACUUCUCCCUCAUCAUCGGACAGACAUGGAUCAGACACGAUCGACUCGCACAAGACGUUCAACCAAAAGAGCUCGGACCGGAUGUCGGACCUGCCGGUAAAUGUUCCAGAGAGAUCACUUCCCUCUUCAACCAGCAAACCACUAAACUGCGUCGCAGAAUUCGCAGAGUGAAAUGUGACGAAACACCAGGAGCAUGUAGGAACUGUACGUCCAGCGGUCGAACCUGCGAGGGAUAUGACAUGUAUCGCCUGCCGAUAGCACGCAAGAGCAGCAGCCUUCUCCGCCCUUUAAGCAAAGGACUGCAGUGAUGACUUCAGACGACCGGCGAUGUUAUUCCUACUUUCAAUUCCACGUAGCCCCCGAGAUCGCCUCGUUUACGUCGCUUCUCUGGCGGAAGUUAGUGCUCCAGAUGACCGAGGCAGAGCCGGCGGUUCUCCAUGCGGUCAUUGGGUUGAGUGCGAUCAGUCAGAGUGUUUCGGCAGCCUGCAAGGCCCAGAAGCAUGCAAUUAGCCUGAAGUACGAUCCGUGGCGUCAGUUUGGCCUGGAGCAGUUGGGACGGUCCUUUGCAUUAUUGAGCCGUCGACAUUCCUCCCACGAUCCCCAGCUGGUCCAGGUUACCUUGCUGUGCUGCCUUAUCUUUAUCGUCUGCGACCUACUGCAACACCAAUAUAACCAUGCCUUUAACCAUCUACAGAACGGCAUCCAGGUCUUGAGCGAACUGAGGUAUGGUCGAGCACUUAUAUCGCAAGUCUCGGUUGAGCAGGAACUAGUGGCAGUCUUCACAGCAACUCGAGAACCCAAAGCACCCCAUUCCGCGGCCAACAGCCAGUCCUCUGGUUGCCCAAGGAGAAGAGUGCAACCCAUCCAUCGAGCAAGCGUUCCAGCCAGGGCCUCCAGUUGACCUUUGAGUCGUUAAGGAGUUCCGUCUUUGAACUUACAACUGACUUGGUCUUCUUACCAGAAGGGCAAUCGGCCGCACAAUACGAAGCAGAAUAUUUCACACUUCUCGAGCGCGGGAAUCAAUUUAACAAGGAGGUCGACUCCCACUACGCACGCGUCUACCCCCAACUCAGUCAGGAAGAGAGGAAACGUGCAGACUUGGUGAGAAUCCAUACGUCCGGUGAAGGUCUUGUUCUGAAAUGCUGCUUUCCAACCGGUACGCUUGAGACGCAUGCAGAGCAUUUCCGGUCCCAUCUUUCUCUGAUCGAGACGUUUAUGCACAGGUUUCCCGAGCGCCCGGGGUUCACUAUGGAUGAGGCUGUACUUACCGGUAUCGUUCUUGUGGCAUUUGGGGCUCCGGAUCUUGAUGUUCGAUGGAGAGCCAUCGAUGUGCUACUGGCGUGGCCACACCUUGAAUGGCCGUGGGACUCUAGGGCUAUUGCACGAAGGGCUAUCGAAAACACGCCGGAAUAUGUGCCGGGCUGUGUUGAGAUGGGGACUGUCAGGGUGAGAAAACCGAUACCGCAGAAGAGGUUCACGAUGAUACUUCAGAAGUUCUUUCAAGAGAUAGGUGGUGUGAAAUCGUAGAUGUAUAACUUUUGUGGUUCUCGGGAUCCUGGCGCAUAUAUGUUGUAUUAUUCUAGAUUCAAAGCUAGGUAUGGG